AUGCAUGCUCUUGCUCUCCUAACGGGCCUCGUUGGCAUUGCCAAUGCUGCCUGUCCUUAUAUGACCGGCGAAGCUGGCGGCAAUCCUCACAUUGAGCGCAGAGGUGAUGGAGACGCUGCUGGCGAUACCGAGGAUUUCCUUUCCCAGUUCUACCUCAAGGACAAAGAUGUUUACCUAACCUCCGAUGUUGGAGGCCCAAUCGAAGACCAGAACAGUCUCAGCGCAGGAGAGCGUGGACCUACUCUCCUUGAGGACUUUAUCUUCCGCCAGAAGAUUCAACGCUUCGAUCAUGAACGGGUACCAGAACGCGCCGUUCACGCUCGAGGCGCCGGAGCCCACGGCACAUUCACCUCGUAUUCCGACUGGUCCAACAUCACAGCCGCUUCUUUCCUUUCCGCCAAGGGCAAACAGACUCCAAUGUUCACGCGGUUCUCGACCGUUGCCGGCAGUCGCGGAAGUGCCGAUACCGCGCGAGAUGUGCACGGCUUCGCGACUCGAUUCUAUACCGACGAAGGAAACUUCGACAUUGUUGGAAACAACAUUCCCGUUUUCUUCAUUCAGGAUGCCAUCCUUUUCCCAGAUCUGAUCCAUGCUGUCAAGCCUCGCGGUGAUAACGAGAUCCCUCAGGCUGCUACCGCGCACGACUCGGCUUGGGACUUCUUCAGCCAGCAGCCUAGCUCCUUGCACACUCUCCUUUGGGCUAUGGCUGGCCACGGUCUCCCUCGGUCGUUCCGCCAUAUGGAUGGAUUCGGUGUGCACACCUUCCGUCUGGUUACUGAUGAUGGAAAGACCAAGCUUGUUAAGUUCCACUGGAAGGGAUUGCAGGGCAAGGCCAGCUUUGUGUGGGAGGAAGCACAGCAAGUCUCUGGCAAGAAUGCCGACUUCAUGCGCCAGGAUCUUUUCGAGUCUAUCGAAGCUGAGCGUUAUCCCGAGUGGGAGCUCGGUGUCCAAAUCAUGGAGGAAGAAGACCAACUCCGGUUCGGAUUCGAUCUCUUCGAUCCAACCAAAAUCGUACCCGAGGAACUCGUGCCCGUCACCAAGCUGGGCAAGAUGCAGCUGAACCGAAACCCAUUGAACUACUUCGCGGAAACCGAGCAAGCCAUGUUCCAACCUGGCCACAUCGUCCGCGGUGUCGACUUCACCGAAGACCCUCUGCUGCAGGGCCGUCUCUUCUCCUACCUCGACACCCAACUCAACCGCCACGGCGGUCCUAACUUCGAGCAGCUCCCCAUCAACCGGCCGCGCACUCCAAUCCACAACAACAACCGCGACGGAGCAGGCCAAAUGUUCAUCCCCCUAAACCCUAACGCCUACACCCCAAACACACAAAACAACGGCUCCCCAAAACAAGCCAACCAAACCGUCGGCAAAGGCUUCUUCACCGCACCAAACCGCCACACAACCGGCCCCCUGCAACGAACCCUCAGCACAAGCUUCUCAGACGUCUGGUCCCAACCCCGCCUCUUCUGGAACUCCCUCGUAGCAGCGGAGAAACAAUUCGUCGUCGACGCAAUGCGCUUCGAAGCCUCCAACGUGAAGAGCACCGUCGUCCGCGAAAACGUCAUUAUCCAACUCAACCGCAUCAGCAACGAGCUCGCCACACGCGUCGCGAAGGCCAUUGGCGUCCAGCCCCCGAAACCCGAUGCCAGAUUCUACCAUUCCAAUACGACUGCGCACAUUGGCGCGUUUGGGCAGAAGCUGAGCAAGCUCGAUGGGUUGAAGGUUGGUGUUCUUGCUUCUGUUCAGAAUGAGGGGUCUGUUGCGCAGGGUGCGAAAUUGCAGAAGUCUCUCGCUGAUGUUGGGGUUGAUGUUGUUGUUGUUGCGGAGAGGAUGGAGGAUGGUGUUGGUCAGACUUAUUCGGCGUCUGAUGCUGUGCAGUUUGAUUUUGUGGUUGUUGCUGAUGGGGCUCAGGGGUUGUUUGAGGCGAGGUCUUUGACUGCGAAGCCGGGUAAGGGAUCUGGGGCGUCGACUUUGUAUCCUGCUGGUCGGCCUUUGGAGAUUUUGGUUGAUGCUUUCCGGUUUGGGAAGCCUGUUGGUGCGCUUGGGAAGGGAGCUGCGGCUUUGAAGGCUGCGCUGAUUGAUACUGAUCGGAAGGGUGUUUAUACUGCGAAGACUGCUGGAGAUGCCUUUGCGAAGGAUGUUAAGGAGGGAUUGAAGACCUUCAAGUUCUUGGAUCGGUUUGCUGUUGAUGAGUGA